AUGGCGGGGACACAGGCCUCGACGUCGCGUCUGCACGAAUCUCCAGCGACACGAAGGCAGAUUGAAGAUCGCGCAACAAUCAUUGGAAAGCGCGUUGCUCCUCUGCUGAAUCCAGAAAGCGUCUCGGCCUCGCUUGACACACUCGCUACAGCCGCAUGGGAACUUCAAAGCUCUGAACCCGCCGUCUCGGAGCGGCUUCUUGGUCUAACAGCUAUUCUGAGUGCCGCCAGAACGUCCCAGGCAAGAUCUUCCAUGCCAUGGAGCAAGAGUACACCACUCAGUACUGCUGAAUCUCUCUCGCCAUCCACCGCUACGAUCCAUCCUUCCCUGCUGAGUCCCGUCAUCAGCAAUCAACCGACUCCAAUGCAAUCCACAACUAGUCACCUUGUUCAAAACACGGAAUCUGUGCAGUUUCCACCGUCUUUUGCCGAUGGCACCACCCAACCUGGAACCGGAGAAGCAACACCCAAAAAGCAAUUCGUGUGUGAUAUUUGUAGCAAGACGUUUGCUAAAUCCUAUGAUAUGGCUCGCCACAUGCGAUCACAUACCGGGGAGAAACCUUUUGUCUGCACGUUCGAGGGAUGCGGAAAGGGAUUCGUUCAGAAAUCAGCUUUGGUCGUCCACAUGCGAGUUCAUACGCGCGAGAAACCUUAUAAAUGCGAGUACCCUGGAUGCACAACCUCGUUUGGAGAUGUGUCUGCACUAACCCGCCAUCGACGGACUCAUGGUUUGAAUCAUUUUCGGUACAAGUGUGAUUAUCCCGGUUGCCCGAGAGCCUUUACUAGAAGAUCUGGACUGAAGGAUCACCAGUCGAAGGUGCACGGCCUGGGGCCAUUCUCGGCGGAUUGUCAAAGCUCGGCUCAAGCUCAGCACGGCAAUCUCAUCCCCGAUGGAGAGAAUAGUCGGUCGGCUAGUCAAGGUGUUUACGGUGAGGAUAUGAUUAUCAUCUCGGAGGAUGAAGCCACCUACGACGAGGCGACCCGAGUCGCGUAG